UGCCGCAUACGGUUAAUGUUAUCGUAGAUGAAAAACGGUAAGAUUGAGAAUUUUUACUCACAGUGCUUAAAAUGUUUACUAAAAGUAGUGAUAUUGGUCUAUAUGAAAUAUGUGUAGCAUAGGAGAUGAUAAUCUUGUUGAUGAAGGCAUCAGCAGCCUUAUGACACCACAAGAACAAAUGUUACACUACUUGCCAAAAGCAACUUGUUAUAAAUGCGGUAAAGAGGACGAAUUGUAUAAGAUACAUUUUCGCGAAGCGGAAUGUAAGAAUUGUUUUCUGAUGUUUGUGAACCAUAAAUUCCGAGCAACAGUUGGAUCUUCUAAAGCUCUUCCAAGAAAUGCAGACAUUCUUUUAGUGUUUGAUGGAAGUGCUGAGUCUGUAGUCUUGCUAGAUAUGUUACAAACGGCGAAAUCGGAACCAAAUUUUAAGAGACUGCAUUGUUUCCUCAAAGUUCUAUUUAUUGAUGAUUACGAAGCCUACAAAGGCAGUUGUGAAAUAAAUGAUUAUAAAUUGUAUAUACAGCAAGUGAAAGAUCUUUUACUUAGCUACGAUAAUAUAAAAUGUUAUGUUACUAAUUUAAGAUCUAGCAAACAUCAAAAGCCAUUUGGUAUUAAAGAUAUGGACCUAUAUUUGAACAGAGAAAUGGAAAAAGAAAAAGUGUUUUCCAACGACAUCAAGAACAUUCAAACGUCAACAAGUCGUAACGAAUUUAUAAAACUUUAUCGAAAGAACUUGAUAGCUUCUAUGGCUACGAUCUUAAGUUGCAAAUACGCUUUUAUACCUGCAAUAAAUAUAAGUAUAGCUACCGAUCUGCUCUCAGCCGUUGCGCUUGGACAGGGAAAUAACGCCGCAUAUGAUGUUGCCUUCAAAGAUGAUCGUUUGAUUAAUGGGAUCAAAAUCAUGCGUCCAAUUAAAGAUCUAAGUGAAACAGAGGUUUUACUCUAUUUACGUGCACGAAAUAUAAAAUGGUGGGAUAUACGGGAUCAUGUUAUAAUUGCUUCAAGCAGUAUACAACAAAUAACUGGGUCAUUUAUACGUAACUUACAAAAAAAGUACAACUCCACCGUUUCAACAAUAAUUUGUACAGGAAAUAAAAUCACCUCAAAUAAUGACAGUUAUGAAGAAUUUGAGAAAAAAUGCUGUUUGUGUAAUUCUUCAAUAGUUAACUCUGAAACUCUGUCAGCUGUUAGGUAUUCUCGAUAUGUCUCUGAAAGAACGUCAAGCGAUUUUGAUUUAGACACAAACUUCACAAAAUUCUUGAACUUGACCCAAAACCAAGAUCAAAAAGUAUGCCACAGUUGUCAAAAUAUAGGACGGGAUAGCGAUAUUAAUUUAAUAAAGCAUUAUUUGUAAAAUAUUGAUUUAAAUUCAUUCAAUAUAAAACAUUUAAAAUUUUUUAA